AUGGACGCGAUUUGGAGGCUAGAUGAGGAAUUGAGUGUAGCUCUUCGAUUGGAUCCACCAAAUAGAGACUAUCUGUUCAUCAUCGAGUGGCUUUUCCAUGGAGUUCCCUGGAUCGGUGGCUCGUUUCUCUGGGCAGCUGCAGCAAUCGGCGGCAAAUGGCCAAAUGAUACUCAAGAUAAGAUCAUCCUGCUCAAUAUUGGUCUUUUCCUGGAUUUGUUGAUCUCGGGUGCUCUGAAAAUUUUCGUUCAACGGCCACGUCCCCUUCACAAUCGAGAAGAUUUUAGAUACGGUGCUCCGAUUGCUGAUCAGUUCAGUUUUCCCUCAGGACAUACGACAAGAGUCGCCAUGUUGGCCAGAUUACUGGAAACCCUCGUGUCAAUGGAUCCAAUUUUGAAUAAAUUAAUGUGGCUUUUUGUGGGAUGUGUCGCCGUUUCAAGAGUGUCAAUGGGAAGACACCAUCCAACGGAUGUGAUCGCCGGAGUUCUUAUCGGGAUUCUCGAGGCCUACAUGACACUAGCGAUGCCACUCGGGCUACGAAGAGGGCUCAUUCGAAUUUUUAUU